UACAGCAUUGUGUAGAUUAGGCGGGUCAUGCUUGGCAAAGAUCUUCUGUCAAAUGAAUACAAAAUAACGAGUUAGGACAUCAUAUUGGUCUGGUUAACACUUUUAGUCGACAACUCAUUCGUUCGCUUACCCGAGCGGAAGUGUCCGACGGCGUGUUGUCAGCUAAUUUUGAUGUUAGCUUGACAGCUAACAAGUCAAUUUGAUGUUCGGGUCACAUACCGUAGCUAACUUUAGCGUCAACUAAGCCACCGAUUGACAAGGUUCAGGUGGAUGCUGCUGAGACAGGCCACACAGGAGACGAGAUGAUGUUGCCAGAUGCUGAUGCAGAGAUGGUGGUGUCAGGUGGAAAAGGGAAGGGGAAGAGAAGUAAGACGCUCUCACUGGACGACUGUGUGUGUCCUGUGUGUUUGGAGAUGUUUUUGGAGCCUGUGACACUCCCCUGCACACACACUUUCUGCAAGGAGUGUUUCCUGGAGUCGGUGGACAAAAGCACGCUGUGCUGCCCCAUGUGCAGGAAGAGGGUCUCCACUUGGGCCAGAAAGAACAACAAGAACAAGACGCUGGUCAACGAGAAGCUGUGGAGCCAAAUUCAGAUCAGCUUCCCUCAGCAUUGUCAGCGUCGCCUCAACGGGCAGGACGCCGUCACCGAGGACGACAUGGGAGUGUUUUUUCCCAGGGUUAGCCAACCUGGAGAGCUGAAACAAGAAUAUCAGGAACAGAUCACAAAACUUACAGAGGAGAAGCGGGAGCUGGACGAGGAGGAACGACGGGCCAGUGAGGAGUAUAUCAAGAGACUCUUGGACGAGGAGGAGCAGCUGCUGACGGAGGAGAGGAGGCGGCGGGAGGAGGAUGAGCGACUGGCCAAAGUGCUCAGCAAAGAGCUGAAUGCUGCGCCUGUCUCCCAGGACAACCAGCAUCCUGUUAGCAUUGUGGCCAGGAAGAAGGUCAACGCAGGACACAUAGAAAGGUUCUUGUGUCGUAUUCCGUCUAAAUCGAGCCCGUCACACUGCAGCACAGCUUCCACUCUGGUGUCCAACAAGGAAAACAUCCUCCUCUCUCAGGACGAGCGUCUCCCUCAGCUGGACUUCUACGGGUCUCCCUCAGCGGACCAAUUAGAAGCUGAUUGUGUCAGUCCACUCUCUGUGGUUUCUCCAGCAGAGGAGGAGCGGCGGAACAAGAGCCACGCCAGCGGAGAUGAAGGACCCUCCUCAGCAAAGAGGAAGAGCUCCCAGCUGGAGCCGGAGGCCGACGAGGCGGUCAUUAAGCGAGGGCGAAGUCACUGGCGCUCCCCUCAGUCCUCCACCUACUCCUCCUCCUCCUGUUCCUCUUGCUCCUCUUUGACGCUGGAAAUGGGCACGACGGCGCUGAGGGGGAUGGUUGAAUUGGAGGCGGAGCUUCAGAGCCGCCGGCGUCAGGAGGAGGAGGACAGGCAGAUGGCGCUGCUCCUGCAGCAGGAGCUCAACCAGGAGGAGAGGCAGCGGCGCACCGACAGGCGCAAAGGAACCGCCGACGCCUACCUGCUGCGACGUGCAAGCUCCGCCCGCAAGGCCGGCAGAGACCGCAGGACCCCAAAGACCUCCCCCCCAGCCACAUGCACCUCCUCUGCUCCUCCCUCUCUGGCAUCUUCCAGCUCCUCCACUCCUAGCAGAGGGAGCAAGCAGGUCAGCCUGACGGAUAUGUUCCCCAGCCUGAGCAGCUGAAUGCUUCCCCCUCCACCACCACCACCACUGUCACCUGACUUCAUGCCUUUAGUCUCGUUCCAGGAGGACCAGGACUUAGGCAGAUCCAUUUGUCUUCGGGAGGUGCUUCCAUCUAGAAUCUUUUCUAUUUGAAUGACUUUAAACUAGCAAAAUGAGAGUUGCUAUAUUAUGUACAAAAAUGGUUAGAAAGUUGCCUUCAGACACAUGCUGCUGAAUUAUUUUGGUGCUUUUACAUUUCAUAGGCAAAAAAAAAAAAGGUAUUGAAACACGGACACUGCAGUGCAGGAUGUUUGCUCUAUGCCUCGUCGUAUCCUCACUGAGAUCUUCUGAUGGCUUUUAUCUCAGUAGUUCAUGUCUCACAUGUUUUCCUUGGUUGAGGACUUUAAAGAUCCACACGGGACUUGUGUAACUGGCUUGGACUUGCAGUUUGAUCAUAUAGAAGCUAGUUUAGCAUCGUUAGCGCUACCGCAAAUGUUGUUUUCAUGCUGACAAGCUUUCCAGACCAGUUUUCAUCUAGGAGAGGUUCUGAUUCUGGCCUUGAGGUGCUUGUCAUGUUGGAGCUGUAGUGUGACAUCACUUCCUGUUCUCCUGCAACUUCUUUACGUUCUAAGAAAUAAAAAGAUGCUGAGAAAUAUGUUUAAACAAAAGAAGCAAUUUCACUUCCUCUUGGGUCUUUUAUUGCAGUUUUUGGUGGUUUUUUAGAAAAAGACAAGAAGUGGUUUUGAUUUGAAUGACGCUUGUCCUUUUAAGAGUUUGGAUGCUUCUGGAGGUAAGACACGGAGGUAUCUUUUUUCUUGUCACCUCAUGGCGUCAUUCAUAAAUGUUUUUCUAUUUUUGUCACAUCUUAGAGGAAGCAUCAUCACUAUGUCGACCUUUCUGUUUCCUGGUGGGAUGGGCCUGCAGAUGUCCUCCAGCUGGACAGACACAAAUUGUUCCGCUUGACAUGGACCUACAAAACUGGCUAUGACAUCCACUCAAGUGUUUGCAUCUAAAGCCGUCAUACUGCAGCCAGUGAGACGCGGAUCCACGUCGUCCUGUGGGCUGAGGUUGGUGUUUGAUGGCGUGAGCAGUGGGUUAAAGGUCAAACAUGAGCAGGAUUCCCAUGAGAGUUUGCUGUUGUCCAAAGAGACACUGUGACUCACCCUACAGCUAAAGUAGGACAAACCACUUAAAGAACUGAAAAUAGAAGAAAAACAUGAAGUGCACAGAGUACUGAAACAGAAGUGUACAUCUAUCAUAUUUCUGUGACUAUUUCACAUUUACUCCUGUCAUCACUGUCCUCAUUCCGCUGGACAACAAACUAAAGCAUUAUUGUUACCCAGAAGGCUUUUGGAACAUAAACAGUAAAAGUGACACAUUUACGGUCACUAAAGCAACAGCAGGAUAACAUCAUUUUUUUUGUGUUAUAAGUAUAUAUCCAGUGGAACCUUGACUUUUGUUCAUGAGGCAUUCCAAAAGGUCAGAAGAAAAUCAAAAUGUAUGAAAACCAAGGCAAUUUUUCCCAUAAGAAAUCAUGUAAAUUCAAUUAAUCAAUUCCAGACAACCACUAAUAUAAAAAAUGCAUUUUAUGAAGAAUAAUUAUAGAUCUACAUGAAGAAAACAAUGCAACAUACUUAUUUAUAUAAUAGAGUAAUUUAGCAGCUGCACUCAAUAAAAACACAGUCAAACUGACAGUUGCGGCAGAACGAUACAGUCAAGGGCAAAUGUUCAGUGCAAAUGUAACGUGCAUAUUUUAUGAAAACCGAGGGAAAGUUUUCAACGAAAACCGAAUCACAUGAAAUCUGGGGCAUACGAAAACUGAGGUUUCACUGUAAAUAGAAUUGUUGCUUGCUUUUUUUUUUCACGGUAUGGGCAUUGCCCUGCUCCGAACCGGCAUUAGUAGCACCAAUGCUAAUGGUAACACAACGCAGGGCGUGUCCAGGCUGGUCCACAAUUGUACAGGUGACUAAACUGGAGAUCAUGGCCGCCACGACAACUGCAGACAUGCUGUUCUUCUUAAUUCUACUCGUAAUCACAUCUAUAGGGUUACGUUUUAUGUUUUUGGGGUCUCAAACUCAAGACCAGGGGUCACCAACGUUUUUUUUUGCGAGAGCUACUUUUAGAAAAUUAAAAUGGCCACGAGCUACUCAUUUUUGUAGAGAUGAUUUUCAUACCUUUCAUACCUAAUUUCAACCCAAACAGAUCAAAUAUGCUUGUUUUACCAAAACAUUCACAAAAUGCUGGUAUCCACAACUCACAUUUUAUGUUUCAGAAUACUUUUCUUUCUAGUGUUCUCACAUUAUUAACUGAAAACCUGAAUGAAAAGCAGGCUUGUGGGCACCUCAUUUGGUCGUGGGGGGCUACCUGGUGCCCGCGGGCACCACGUUGGUGACCCCUGCUCAAGACCAUAUUUUGUGGGGCCCUAUUUGACAUCAAAGUUAGUGUUAGGGUGGCUUGUGAUCUUGAGUCUCACAAGGGAUGCUUGCCUAAUGGAGGCGGCUUUUCAACUGGCCAAGCAAAAGCCAACACUGCACUCGCAAUGAGCUUCACAGAGUGAAAUAAAAAGGGGAGACCUAACUGCAAUCACGGUGCAAAAACAAAACUGACAGGGCAACAUGUAGCAUGUAAGUAAACACACAUAGGACAACUAUUAUGAGGAAUAAACCUUAGCUGCAAAAAUAAGAAGUGAUAAUGUUCAUGGUAUACAAAUUGGUUCUCAAUAUAAUAAAUUAUCGUUAUAUUGUGAUGACAUCAUUUUAUACCAGUCCCAUGUGGACUCCUCUCUUCACUUUAUCAAUAAGGUUACCACUGAAUAUGGUUGUCUGUCAGGAUGUAAGAUUAAUUGGGGAAAAUGUGAAUUUUUACCAUUAAAUAAGCAUUGUAAUAAAUCAUUGGUUCAGAAUUGUAAAAUGAAAUGGAGAAAGACAGAAAUAACAUUUAGGAAUAUAUAUUACACCAAAUUUGUACUCUAGCAAGAGAUAUAAAUCUCAAACAUUUAAAGCAUAGGAUGGAAUCAAGAUUGGAACGCUGGUCAUAUCUCCAAAUAUCUCUCUGGGGUCAAGUGAAUAUAAUUAAAAUGAGUAUACGUCCAGCAGUUAAUUAUAUAUUAAAAAUGAUGCCUGAUGUAAUUAAUAAAAGUUGGUUUAAGGAAUUGCAUACAAUAAUCUCACAUUUUAUGUGGCGUGGAAAAAAGGUUAGAUGUUCUUAUUAAGAUUGUCUAGUUCACAAGCUAAAGGAGGAUUACAAUUACCAAACUUUUUACUUUAUUAUAUCUCCUUUGGCUGUGAACAAGCAAGCCAAUUAUUCCACUCCACUCUAGAUAAAGACUGGAUUAAUAUAGAAAGGAAAAUGUUUAUGAACUUGGACAUCAAUGUAUAGAGUUGAUGUUAUAUGAAAAAUGUACCUGAUACAUUAUAACAGUCCAAUUUGAAGCUACUUUUAAUAUUUUAAAAUUAUGUCAUAAUAUACUUGGAAUGAAUCCAGCGACAUCUGUAAACCAACCUCUCUGGUAUAACCCCAACAUUUUAAUAAAUAAAAAGGUAGUCAAAUGGAAUAUAUGGAAAGAUAGAGGCAUUACUAGACUUCAUCACGUCAUUCAUGAGAAGUCUUUAAAAUCAUUUAGUGAAUUACCUGAAUAUAAUAUACCUAGAAGCCAGUUUUUAAGUUACAUUUCACUAAAACAUGACCCUCGACCCCUACUUCCCUCCAGUGGCCCUCGGCUAAGUUUGAGACCCCUGUUGUUAAAGUGUCAAAUGUAGACCAGUGAUGAAAACAUUUCCUCUGUGUUAUUUGCGACCACAGUACACUUCCUAAGCCCUUAUAAGGCAGCAUCAAUGUCUCCACGUGUCUUGUGUCCACUUAUAAACACCUCAGCUUCCUCUUUAGGAGUAACUCCAAGGUGGACGUCCAUCAGCUGGACAACUUCAUGGUAAGUGGACCUGCCCUUACAUUUACAAGUAUAAGAGACAGCUAGGAAAAGCAAGUAUUUGAUUUGAUUUUUUUUUUAUUAUUUUUUUUUUAAUCUUUGUUCAUACUGUAUUGAAUGUGAUGAAUGAGCCAAGCUGACAUUUUGCAAAUUAACUUUGAAUGAAAGAUUUUAUAUCAAAGAUGUUUUUGGAGGUUUAUUAUUUAUACCAAAAUCAGUUUCUAGUGGAUGUUAAUGUCAACUAAUGAUCACAUGACUACAUCUCAUUGGUUGGUUAGUGCAGCUUUAAAUGGUGUCUGUUGUCAUUUGAAAUAAGUUGGAAGUUUAAAUAAGUUUUGUGU